CCACCCAUUGAGGAUGAGGGCAAGUGAGGAAAGGUAGGGGACGUAAACGGGGCCAUCGGUCUAGACUCGACGAGCUUAGUCUUUCCGAAGUCGAUGGACUGAAGACCUCAGAAGAAGAGACUGAGUCCGCUUGUUCCAGUGACGUUGAUAAUCACCCGAGGAUCAACUUCUUUACUCUACGCCGACACCACAAAUCUGUAUCACUUCUGGUUCACGGUGAUACCAGCCAGAUUGACAUCAUGAAUUUUCGCACCUUUAUCCUAGUCCUGAUAUGCGCUUCGGCGGAGGGUCAAGAUUUUUCUAAGCCAAAUUUCGACCGUUCAAAAAACGAGGAUGCGGUACAGGAAAGCGAACCUCCGGAGGGUUAUUACGCUUUUGUAGAAUCUCCGAAUGCCGAACCACCAAAAGUUAGACCGCCGCCUUACAUGGACAGCGAUAAAGAAUGCCAAGACCCCGGAAAACAGGGCAAGGGAUUCGUCUCGGUCCAUAACAUAUGCGGGGAUCUGAACAAAGGAUAUAUACCGCGAAAUCCCAUGCGGCAAAACGUUCUCGGCUCUUCGUACCCUUUCGAACUGUUGCGCAAUCACACCUUGAAGUUCUUGAGCAAGGCUCUACCGAUCCUAAAGGCUGACAACUCACUGCCAAAAGUUGCAAAGAUAGAACCAUUCUCUCAAAAUUCUGUCGAUACAGAUGAAAAACGUAGCAUAACUAAAAGAUCAGCAACGAAUACAGACGCGGCUGGGAGGGCAGCAUCGGAAACCGAGCCCGUAGCGGCGGAAAAAGAUGCGACGAGGACUGGGCGAAAAUUUUGUGAAAGUGGCGGUGGCGUAGUCUGCAUGCUCUACAAGGCGAUUCAGGGUGAGCCUCUAGCUUCGGCAGCUGCAGAACGCAGAGACGAUCCUCCGACACCGGAAUAUCGUCAGAGAACACCGCCGCAGGAAGCACCAGCCGAAUAUUCAGGCCCGCCGACUCCUUGUCCUGCUAAGGUCGAGUACGCCACACCGGUAUUCGCCAAGAAUUAUCAAGGCGUUUGGCGUUACGUUGUGCAAAUACCAUACGAAGGAUACUUCACCCAGACGAUCGAAAUCACCAGAUGCAUGCAAACCAGAUGCCACUACUUGGACGGCGGGUGUCUGUCGUCGCCCAGAUGGACUAGCUUGUUGGUGGCGGAAAUCUUCUACCCUGACACCUUCUUGGAGGAAAAUCAAAACGCCAGAUUGCCAGGACCCAGGGAACCCGUUGCUGGAUCCCCGCCGCCGGUUCACGAUUUCCAAAAUUAUCAACAGUACUUGCAGAAACGCGCGGGCGAAAGUGAGGCCAGAAGCAACAGUGGGUCUCAGUUCCAGCAACAGCAACAACAGCAUUGCGAUGGCGUUGAUGACAUGGGAUGCUUUCAGGUACGACUGUACUACGACUGGUUCCUCGUACCAGGAAGUUGCAAGUGUUGGCGACCGGAUUAUUUCAACCGUUACGUUCGCCGGGGUAGUUCAAGUCCCGAUUUGUGAUGAGAGGAAAGAAAAACUUGUGUUUAUUCACAAACACGUAUGACCUCAGAUACGGGCGUGAGAAACAAAUUGCAGGACAUUGAAAGUAGCGGUUUAAAAGUUGAUUUACAAACGACUGACAUGAUCAUUAUAAGUAAGCCAGAAGAAAAAGUUCUCAAAAGAGUGUCCUACUAUAAACAGCAUACACUGUGUAUGUACUAACCAGGUCUAACCCAGUCUGCACAUAUUAAACUAUUAGUUACGUUAGUCUUAAUAAUUAUUGUAAAACUAGAAUGUAUAAGGUUAGAACUGCUAAGUCCAAAUAUCAUACCGUUAACAUUCGUUUUCUUAGAUAUAUAUAUUCACGAACUCAGUAUUGAAUUCUAGAUAUUUUAACGUAA